CCAGUGCCAAAAUUGUAUAGUAAUAAUUUUUCCUCCUUUGAAACUGUGAAGCAACCAACCAAAAUGGAGGAGCAGGAGAGCAAUGGUGGCCAUAACCCUAUUGGGUAUUUCACCCAAGGCGCCAACGUCGAAGUUUGCAGCAAAGAAAAAGGGUCUGAAGGUGCAUGGUUCCCUGCAACAAUCUUAGAGCCACCAGCAAACUCCUCAGCCUCAAAAAGAAAGACCUUUACUUCCAACAAGGUUUUGAUUCAGUACAAGACUCUUGUCUCCGACAAGGACCCCACCAAGCCACUUGUCGAGCACACCACCGUGGGGCUUCUCCGGCAGCCGCCUCCGGCUGACAAUGCGGAGGAGGAGAGGUUUGAGGAGAACGACGUCGUUGAUGCUUUUCACCUUGAAGGUUGGUGGACUGGGUUGGUGAUGAGUGUUGUGGGGGAGAAGUAUGGUGUGGGGUUUAAGAAACCGCCGGAUUAUCUGGAGCUGGAGCGCAGUAAGUUGAGGUCACAUUGGGAUUGGGACCAUGGGGUUUGGACCAGAGCCCCAAGACAGGUGUUGAGGGGAUCAAAUUACAAGCCAUGGACACCAGUUGAAGUGAAUCUGGAAAAAGAUCAUCUAUGGUCUUCGUGGUUACCUGCAUUUUUUAUUGGUCAAGUAGGGGGUGACUCUUUCUUGGUGCAAUACAAAUAUAAGACCCCAGAAAAUGAUGAUAAAAAUGGUCUUGUUAAAGUAGUUGUAGCUGAUCACCAGAUUCGACCUCGCCCUCCACAGCAAGAGGAAAAAGAUUUUCACUUGUCACAAAUGGUGGAUGCAUUCUGUGAUAUGGGUUGGUGGGUAGGGGACAUUACAGAAGUUCUUACAGACAAGAGGUACGUUGUCACUUUCAGAUUCACAAAGGAGGAGAAGGAGUUUUGUCAUCCAGAGUUAAGGUGCCACUUGGAAUGGAUUGGUAAACAAUGGGUGACUAGCGAUUCGGAAUUUCAUUCUACUAAGUAUUGCGGAGUACAACCAAGACAUGCACGUGAAAUUUCUAGUAAUUCUGUAGGCAAAACACCUUGUCAUACCAAGUUUAGGAUGAAGAAAUUGAGUCCUUGCAUGGAUAAGUUACCUUGUGAAAGAACCAAAGACAAACUGAAAAUAUCUCAGCAUCCUAGCGAUGAUUCAACAUUUUUAAGUCCCACUCCCUGCAAGAAGUUAAAAGGGGAAGAUUCAGAAGACACCUUGUCUCUUGCACAAUCCUAUCAAAGGAAAACCCCAGCUAAAACAUCAAAGAGGAAAGGCCUAUUUACUGAUGAAGAGACGAAUGAGCAACAGCAGUUUGAACAACUGGAUAGUCUAGCAAUCAAUUUUGUAAAAAGGGGGAGACAACCAAACUCACAAUUUGUAAAACGUGGAAGGAAGGGUAUACCCCGAAAAUUGCAUGUCAGCAAUGGCAGUAAAAGUGUAAGAGGUGACCAAGAAUACAUUGAAGAUGAAAAUGUAAUGACCAGGAUUGAAUCUUUUGGUAUCCCGUCAGAGCCUGAAGCAAUUGGGGGCUUGCAUGCUGGAAAUUCAUGUCUGCUUCCUGUGAAGGAGAUUAAACAUGGUAAUGAAGAUAAAGUGAGCAGUGGAAUAAAACAGGCUGAGUUACUUGUUCAACACCCAAAAGAUCCAGCAGCAGGUUGUAUGAAUGAUAUACUUGAAAAGCCUGCAAAUCCAAGCGGGAACCAAAACCUGGCAACUUACCAAAGAAAGAAAAGGUUCAAACUGACAGGUGUAAAGCAUAACGGAACUGGAGUUUUUUCUGAUGCUGAAGUGUCCAAGACUAAUGUUGUUGAACAUAUAGGUAACCCUGCUGGGACUGUCAACCAACAAGAAAAAAGUCUAAAUCUGCCUUUUGUAAAGAAUUCUCCACUAUGGGAACAUCUUGAAUCCAUGGAAGUAUUCAAAAACUUUCCGCAGAAGCCGCAUUUUCAUUUUGCGGUGAACUUGAAUCCUGUAUUUCGUGAAGGAGCAGCCAUUGGCAGUAUGUUAGCCUUUGCUUCUUUGGUUGAGAAGAUUUCCAAUUUAGGAGUUGAUGAUCCUAGAGAAUUAAUCGAAAGCUAUUUGAAAGGACUAGUUGAAAUGGAAUUGAUGGGAUUUGAUGUCAAGGCACCAAGGCAUCGUCUGACGAAAUUGCUAGACAUGAAAAUAAAGUUGGGACAGCUUCAGAAACAAUCAAAAGAAGUUAAACUUAGGAUCACAGGGAGUACUCAUGACACAACCACCUAUAAUGAAACAAUCACUGGGAUUGACAAGAAGAUUAAGGACUUGCAAGAAAAACGGAUGAUGGCAGUGUCAAUGAAAGAGGUCAAAGUUUCUGAAAUUAGCAGGUUGCAAGCAGAAGCAACAGUUAUCAAUGAAGACAUCCAGAGUAUCAGAUGUGAUUUUGGAAACCUAGUGGCUGCUGAAUGGUGAUUGAUUCCUAGUGUUCCCUUUAGAUGAUCACUCAGUUUGCUAACCCUUAUUUUGUUUGGACAAGAUUGUCCAUGGAAAUAUAAUACCCAUUUGACUUGUUCAGUGAUGGAAUUUGGUACAAUCUGUGUGGUAACAGCUAUGAUCCCCUGAAUGCUGGUAAUAGGAGUCUGUGCUACCAUAUUAUUAGCCAGUUCUAAAUAUAUAUUAAAAAUCUAUUCACUC